AUGCCUUUUUCCACUGAAGUCAAUCGAAUUCAAUCUGGCGUAUUGAUAGGACCCGAUGCACGCAAAUCCUGUUGUAUUUCUUGCUCUCAAUUGAACCUUGAAUUCUUUUCCUCUGAGCUUCGACUUAGGGGAAAUGAUCCUGUCGUCCAACCGCACAAAAGCGAGUCUGGAUCUCUCCUAUGCUGGAAUGGAGAGAUUUUUGCCGGCAUGGAUGUCCGUGCAGAUGAGAAUGAUGGAAUAAAGCUCUUUGAGCAGUUACGUUCCCUAGAGACAGGCGACCAAGUUCGACAUUUUUUCGCGUCUGUUGAAGGACCGUAUGUAUACGCAUUUGCGUUCUACAGUGCAACCGCUCAAAAACUAUUCUUCUCCCGAGAUCCCUUAGGUCGCCGUUCCCUGUUGAUUCACAGACCAUCUGCCACAAAUCCAUAUUUUUUACUAGCCUCUGUAUCCGCAGGACCGGAUCCGGGAUACUCUUUCGAAGAGCUUGAUACGGGUCAUAUACAUUGCCUUGACAUUGCAACACUCAACAAAGCAAACGAUGCAGAACCCACAAAGGUCAACACAAAUUUACCUCCGAGCGAUUUGCCUUUACCACUAGGUGACAACCUGGAUAUUAUUCCAGCUUGGCUGGAAGAACCAUUAGAAAAUUUGAUCACACAGUUGAAUCACAGUGUGAUGCUGAAAGUUCGUGAUAUACCGCAGGAUUUGUCGUUGAAAGGUCAAUCCAGGGUAGCAGUCUUAUUUAGCGGAGGAAUCGAUUCUACAAUCUUGACGCUUUUAGCGGACAGACACGUACCUCGCGACGAACCUAUUGAUCUUCUCAACGUCGCGUUCGAAAAUCCCCGCAAAAUCAAGGUGCAGCAAAAGGGUAACAUAAAUCCGAACAAGAAGAAAUCGAAAGCAAAGGUUUCUGAGUCUGAUACGGACCCUACAUUGUCAAAUUCUACUGUGGCGGAAUUUAUGGUUCCCGAUCGAGUUACAGGCCUCUCGGAAGUCGAAGAGCUGCGUAAAUUAUGUCCAGGGCGGGUGUGGAAUUUCGUCGAAAUUAAUGUGCCAUACCAUGAAUCGCAGGCUACUCGCCAACAUGUGGAGAGUCUGAUGAACCCCGUGAGGACGGUAAUGGAUCUGAGUUUGGCAUUAGCCCUCUACUUUGCUUCUCGCGGUAUUGGGCAAAUACGCUCAAAGCCAGAAGAUGACCCUACUCCUUACACGAGUACAGCUAGAGUGCUUAUAAACGGUCUUGGCUCUGACGAGUUGUUAGGAGGAUAUGGGCGACAUCGUACAGCAUUUAACACAGGCGGGUGGGCGGCUGUGGUUGAAGAGCUCCAGCUCGAAAUUGACCGUAUACCCACCCGCAAUCUCGGUCGAGACGAUCGCGUCAUCUCGUCUCACGGAAAAGAAACCAGACAUCCAUUUCUUUCCCUCGACGUGGUGUCUUUUCUAGCGAGACUACCCGUUGAGUACAAGAUGGACCCGAGACUUCCUGCUGGGGUGGGUGAUAAGAUGUUGUUGAGGCUUGCGGCUAGAAGACUUGGACUGGUGGAGGCAAGUGGGAGGAAGAAGCGUGCAAUGCAAUUUGGGAGUCAUUCAGCGAGGAUGGAGGGAGACGAGAAAGGUGAUAAGCUUUUGGAAAGCUGA